AAUUAAUUAAAAAAAUGAAUUUAAACGAACAUUUUGUGGAUAACGACGACGACAUUGUCAUCAGCGGUCUGGCCGGCCGUUUCCCCGAAUCCGAUACAUUGGACGAGUUAAGUGACAAUCUGUUGGCUAACAAAGAUCUGAUUAGCGAAGACGCCCGACGAUGGCCACCAGGACUAUACGGUUUGCCGACAAGAAGCGGCAAAUUGAAAUCGUUAGAUAAAUUUGAUGCCCAAUUCUUCGGCCUGAAUGGCAAACAAGCAGAUUAUAUGGAUCCACAGGGAAGGAUACUUCUGGAGGUUACCUACGAAGCAAUGGUCGACUCCGGCUGGAACCCGGCAUCACUUCGCGGUACAAAUACUGCUGUAUUUGUUGGCGCCUUUCUGACCGAAUCCGAAGAAAGUUUGGCCAGCAAUCCGAGUAAGGUUAUGGGCUACGGAGCCACUGGAACCAAGAGGAAUAUGCUAUCCAAUCGGGUAUCCUAUGCGUUUGAUUUGCGCGGACCAUCCCUAUCGUUGGACACUGCGUGCAGUUCAUCAAUGGUUGGCCUACAGUUGGCCUUUUCGGGUAUGCGGGCCAACGAAUUUGAUAUGGCCAUCGUGGCCGGCGUCAAUGUUAAUCUGAGACCCGCUACGGCACUGGAGUUUCACAAACUAAAUAUGCUAUCCAUUGAUGGCAAAUGCAAAUAUUUGGACGAAUCGGCCAACGGCUAUGUCCGAUCGGAAACUGUUUCGGUAUUAUUGUUACAAAAGCGCCGAAACGCACGGCGAGUGUACGCUACAGUUAUUCACGCAAAGACCAACUCGGAUGGCAAUAAAGCCGAAGGUAUUACCUAUCCGUCGGCAAAGUCACAGACAGAGCUAAUGGAAGCGACAUUGAAAGAGUCGGGUGUCAAACCUGAUUGGGUUCGCUAUGUCGAGGCUCACGGAACCGGAACGUCGGCCGGAGAUAUGAAUGAGUCCAAUGCUAUAUACAAUGUAUACGGAAAGGAAAGAUCGGAUCCAUUGCUAGUCGGAAGUGUCAAAUCCAAUUUGGGUCACACAGAGUCAUCGUCGGGCAUGUGUUCUCUGGCCAAAGUGGUCAUUGCUUUUGAGAGGAUGAAAAUUCCGGCCAGUCUUCAUCUACAACGACCAAAUCCAAAGAUAGUUCCGCUAAUCGAAGGCCAUCUAUUACCGAUUACCGAAAAUCAACCGUUCGAGGACAGUGUUGUUCCCGUCAAUUCGUUUGGUUUCGGCGGAACCAAUGUCCACGUUCUGGUCAGACCACAACAGUUGGCCUACAAUUAUCGCAAACAAGGAUUUGUCGAUGAAAUUCCACGACUAAUUCUGGUCAAUGGCCGAACCGAAAACUCGGUCAAUCAUAUUAUGGAUUUUAUUGUCGCCAACAAAGACAAAGCCGAUGACGACUUUCUAACAUUGCUCAGCGCUGUUACCACUGAUGGCGAAUCAAAUGGUAUGGAUUACAAUGGAUAUAUGAUACGCGAUGUUUCCGCCCAGAGUUUCGAAGAAAGGGAGCGAACGAUCAGCAAAGUUGGCGACCGACGGCCCGUUUGGUUUGUCUUUUCGGGAAUGGGAACUCAAUGGACGGCAAUGGCCAGAGGUUUGAUGAAAAUCGAAAUCUUCAAUCGAUCCAUUCGACAGUCGGCCGACAUAUUGGAAGAGUACGACAUAGAACUGUUGAAACUGAUACUCGAAGAUAACGACGAUCUACUGAUGCCGAUACUGUCGUCAUCGGUUGGUAUUGCGGCCAUUCAGAUAGCACUGGUCGAUUUGUUGCGGGCAUUGGACAUCAAACCGGAUGGUUUUCUUGGCCAUUCGUCCGGCGAGUUGGCCUGCGGUUACGCGGACGGAAGUUUGACGGCCCGCGAGACAAUCCUGUAUGCCUACUGGAGAGGCCGGUGCGUCGAACAAGGAAAACUGCCGAAAGGAUUGAUGGCCGCCGUUGGUCUGACAUGGGAAGAAGCUAACCGUCGGUGUCCAUCGGGAGUGGUAGCCGCGUGUCACAAUGCAGUCGAUUCGGUAACCAUUUCGGGCGCUUACGAUAGUGUGGAUAAAUUUCUGGCCAAACUCAAGGCUGAAAAUAUUUUCACAAAAACUGUCAACAGCUGUGACAUACCGUUUCACAGUUCAUACAUGAAACUCAUUGCUCCGGAUAUGAUCCGUAAGUUGACAUCAGUCGGCGCCAGCAAACGUCUGCGCAGUUCCCGAUGGAUCAGUUCUUCGGUACCGCAGGACAAAUGGUCGACACCUGAAUCCCAGUACUCGACACCCGAAUACUAUGUCAAUAACCUGACUUCGCCGGUACUGUUCGAUGAAGCUGUUAGACUGAUGCCGAAAAAUGCCAUUAUUGUCGAAGUGGCGCCCGAUUCGCUGUUCAGGAAUGUCAUCAAACGAAGUCUGGGCACUGACUGUACAUACUUGGGUCUAAUGAAACGUAACAGCGCUGACAGUCUAAGACAUUUGUUGUCCACCAUUGGAUCACUUUAUAGUCUGGGAUUAAAGCCAAAGAUCAGCAAAUUGUAUCCGAAGAUUGCCUAUCCAGUGAAAAGAGGUACCCAAUCGUUAGGUUCAUUGGUUAGAUGGGAUCAUUCGGACAGUUGGCUGGUCACACUAUAUCCCGAUUAUUUCAAUAAUAAAUCCCAAUCGGAACUGACCAUUGAAGUGGAUUUUAGCAAACAAGAGAACAAGUUUUAUUUGGAUCAUUGUAUCGACGGUCGACUACUGUUUCCGGCUAUCGGAUAUCUCGAUAUCGUUUGGCAAGAGUUUGCCAAACAACAGUCAACCAGUUGGGAUCAGCUGCCGGUAAUCAUUGAAAACUGUCGUAUUAUUAGGCCAACAAUCAUGCGACCCGACAGCCAGUUGACAUUCAAAUUGAAUUUAUCGCAAAUCGAUGGCCAGUUUUAUCUGUACGAAAAUCAACAGUUAUCGGUUACCGGACGCAUACGAGUGCCGAAAAAGGGAGAAAAAUUCCUGCCAUUACACCAAAAGUAUUUGAAUUCGCUGAAAGAGUUAGCCGAUGUCGUCGAUGGAAAUGGACAUCAAUUGGAUAAACAAUCGGUAUAUAAAGAGCUAAGAAUUCGCGGCUAUCACUACGACCCGCAGUUCCAGUUGACUUCAGCGGUCGAUGUGGACAAAGGUGUGGCCAAAAUCCAGUUAGUAGACAACAAUGUGGUCACUUUCGGUGAUGCAAUGCUUCACUCGAGUAUACUACAGGUGCCGACCCGUGAUCUCUAUCUGCCAACUGGUAUCCAAUCGUUUCAUUGCGAUCCACGUAUUCUUCUGGCCAAACAAGCAGACAGAGAAGUAGAAGACAAUUCUUCAGCAUUGCUAGUGUUGUCCAAUUUGACGGCUAAUUAUUUGUUGGCCAACGGCCUCGAGUUUCACGGCAUCGAGACCAGACGGGCAUCCAGGCGUCAGCAAACUGAAGAACUAUUACUGGAAAAGUAUGUUUGGUUGCCAUAUAUGGACAACAAUAGUCUUCAGCCGAGUUGGCAACAGCUUUGCAAAAGCUAUAUUGAAUUGACAGAUGAAUUGGUCAAAAACAGACCACAAAAGUCCAGCAGUAAGUUAUCAGAAAUGAAAGAUCGUUUUAGCCAAUUAUUGACUGCAAAUCAACUAAAUGAUGAUCGAGUGGUACUGAAGAAGGCUAUCGAAAGUCUUAGUCUAACCACAAUUGCAGAGCCGUUGUCAUCGAAACCGUUUGUCAACGAUUUGUCUGCAGAUUUCUUGAACAAUGUAUACUUUGAUGAAACUCUUUUGAGACCAGCUGUCGAUAUAGUACUUGAAAACAGUGUACUGAAUGGCGAUCUCAAUGUUUUGGAGAUAAAUCCUAACCAAAGUGUAUGUCAUCAGCGGAUUAUACACUAUUUGAAAGACUCAUUUUAUGGCCAACGGAUCAAGUAUUCAGUUUACAAUCCAUUUGGUAUUCAAACCACCAGUGAUACAGAUAUAGAUAAUCUUCCGUACGAUCCGAUUGACAUCAAUCUAUCGAUGCAGACAAAGAUGGUCCAAACAAAUCCGUAUCAAUUGAUUAUCAUCAGAGAACAGUACGCCGUUCACAAUGGUAACAAAGAACGACUAAUCAAAUGGGAAGAUAUUAUGCGAUUUGUCAAAACAAAUCUCGACAUCAAUGGCUUUGUUUUGGUGCUGAAGAGGACACAGUAUACAAAAGCAGAGAAAACAGUUUUAUCGAGAUUUGGUUACAACGAAUCGUCGCUGAUUGAGUCAAACAGUUUGAUAGAAUUGAUCCAAAACUUUGCCGGUCUAUCGCUGGUUAGUAACCGAUCGGAUAGCCAGUCGGCUACGGCGACAUCAGCAGUAAUGUUGUUCAGAAAACUGGACGCCAGUCAGCCAUCGCUGGCCAACGAUAUCAUAGUCAGAGUCAGCCAUAACAACAAUGAAAAUCUAAAACAAUGGUUGGAUCAGCUAAAAGAUGAACUUAAUAAUAAAAGCGAUCAAAACAACAACAAUAGUCUUAUUUGGCUCAUCUCGGAUAUUACUGAAGACUCGGAUACCUGUAGCGGAAUUGUUGGUCUUGUGAAUUGUUUGCGCCGCGAACCGAAUGGCCAUCGGGUGCGGUGUAUAUCGGCGCUAGAAUUUGACGACUUAGAGAUGUCGCGAUCGGUUGGCGGAGAAGUCGACUUCAAAGAGUUGGUUCAUAAUUCGAUAUUUGAAAAUAAUUUGGUUAUGAAUAUCUACCGUAAAGGACAGUUAGGUUCGUAUAGACAUUUGUCUAUAGGCGAGGAGAGCCUAACAAAGGUUCAGUGCCGACACGCAUCCAUUGAUGUCUCAGCCAAACAAUCAAAUCCCGUUUGGUUGGAAUCCAAACAUAAUCUAUGGCCAGAAAACAAAUUAAGUCAUCAGAAUAACAAAAUUUUGAUUAAUGUCUACUACGGUGUCAUCAAUGCUGUUACCACCGACAAUGACAAUGGAGUCAUCAAACCGUCUAUUGGUCCCAAUUCGUCAGCCGCAACCUGUCUUCAGUUUAGUGGAGUUGUCGACAGUACUGGUGACCGUGUUUUCGGUAUACAUUCGCCGCCUCAGACCAGCUCUGCUAACAUAUCGACAACUCUUGUUGUCGACGAUAAGGAAAGUUUUAUGGCAGUGCCCGACAACUGGUCACUCGAGGAGGCCUGCACUGUACCCGAAGCCUACGGAUCAGCCUAUUGGGCACUCAUCGAAAAUGGUCGCCUAUUAUCCAAGCAUACAGUAGUCAUUCACGGAGCUAACCGGCCCAACGGACGGGCAGCUCUGGCUGUCUGUUUAAGCCGCAAGUGUCGUGUCUUUUGUACUGUCGAUAGUCACGAAUCUAUGGCACAAUUAUUGGCCGAUUUUUCGGCCUCCGGUUUGUCGCCAAAAAACAUUAUCAAUACUGCAGCCGAUUGUUUCAAACAGGAGAUUAUCGACAAUACCGACGGAAUCGGUGUCGACAUUAUCUAUGACUCAAAUGUUGCCAAUGAUAUUGAUUUUAACGAUUCAAUUGCUUGUCUCAAACAAAAAGGAUGUUAUAUUAGUCUGGGAUAUAAAAAUAAUUUUGCAAAAAAUGGUUUUAUUAGCGACAAAAAUAUAACAAUUAUGAGAAUCAAUUUGAAUGAUAUAUUUUUUAGUCAACAAUCAGACGCCGAUAAUAAUAAUAGUUUAUCAGACAAACAAAAAGUUUUCAAUUAUAUUAGAGACGGUAUCAGAGAUAAUGUGGUCAAACCGUUCAAAGACAGACACAUUUUUACUAUCGACAACAUUGCCGGUGCCGUCAAAUACAUGAAUAAAACCACCGAUGACGGUGUCAACAACAACAGCAAACAACAACAAGUGGUUUUAGUAGUCGUUCAAAAUGAGACCAAUAAUAAUAAUUUGAAAAAAUCCCAAUUGAUGGUCAAGGCUGUCCAUAAUACACAGUUCCCCAGCAAUGGCUCUAUGAUUAUUACCGGAGGUUUAGGUGGUUUCGGUCUGGAGUUGGCCUAUUGGCUGGUCGAACGGGGUGUCCGACAGCUUGUACUGACCAGCAGAUCCGGUGUCAAGAACCAGUUCCAAGAGUUUACGAUCAAACAGCUGCGCAAAUUGGGUGCCAAUGUUGUCAUUUCGACGUUAGACGCCAGCGAUGAACGACAGUGCGACCAAUUGAUCAAAGAAGCCAACACUUUGGCACCGGUUUACGGUAUAUUUUCGUUGGCAAUGGUUCUCAGCGACGGUUUGCUAGCAAAUCAAACACCGGAAUCGUUGCUUAAAGUGUUUGCGCCCAAAGUCAAGGCCAUAACAAUUAUGGACACUUUGUCGCGUGUUUUGUGUCCAAAUUUGCACUAUUUUGUAGCCUUUUCGUCGGUCACUUCGGGCAGAGGUAACGCUGGCCAAUGUAACUACGGUUACGCCAACUCAUAUAUGGAAAGACUGUGCGAACAGCGCACUAACGAUGGUCUGCCCGGACUGGCCGUCCAGUGGGGUGCCAUCGACGAUGUCGGUGUUGUUGCCGACAUGUCGACCACGAAAGAGCAGUUGACUGCCCGAGGCGUCGGCGGUACUGUUCCUCAACGUAUACAUUCGUGUCUAUCGCUGAUGAAUCACUUUCUUCGUUCAGACAAAGACAACAGUGGUGUUGUCAGUAGUCUAUUGAGAAAAGAUGUCGAAGUCGUCGACAGUGUCGAUAAAAAAGAUAUCAAAGGAUUAGUGGCUUUUAUUUUAGGCAUUAGAGAUGUGUCGAAAAUCAAAGACCAGUCCAAACUAUCCGAUCUGGGAAUGGACUCAUUGAUGGUCGUUGAGAUCAAACAGGCAUUGGAACGGGAGUUUCAGGUCAUACUAUCACUGAAAGAGUUGACUGAAAUAACAUUUGGAUCUCUAGACAAACUGUCCGCUAAAUAA